AUUGAAUUGAUUCUAUUAUCAUAGAAUUAUUAAAAAGAUCCAUGAUUAAAAGAAUUAUUUCAAAUGAUUUUGGAAAAUCAAUAAGUUACUCUCUAAUCGUUGCUUUCCUUAUGAGGGAAGACAUUAGGUCAAUAAAUAUGAAAUUACACAAAUAAUGAU